UUCUGGUUUAUUCUUUGUUCCCUCUUUUAUAAAUUCCCUCUUUCUUCAUAACUCUCUUAGUUCUAUUUUUGGAAAAUUAAAAAAAAAAAAACUCCUAAUGGCUAGAGAAAAAAUUCAGAUCAAGAAAAUAGAUAACUCCACAGCAAGACAAGUUACAUUUUCAAAGAGGAGAAGAGGUUUAUUCAAGAAAGCUGAAGAACUUUCUGUUCUCUGUGAUGCUGAUGUUGCUCUCAUCAUUUUCUCUUCUACUGGAAAAUUAUUUGACUAUUCUAGCUCAAGCAUGAAACAAAUUCUUGAGAGGCGUGAUUUGCAUUCCAAAAAUCUGGAAAAAUUGGAUCAACCAUCACUUGAACUUCAGCUUGUAGAAAAUAGCAACUACUCCAGAUUAAGCAAGGAAAUUUCCGAAAAAAGUCAUCGAUUAAGGCAAAUGAGGGGAGAAGAACUUCAAGGACUAAAUAUUGAAGAGUUGCAACAAUUGGAGAGAUCUCUUGAAACUGGAUUGAGCCGCGUCAUAGAGAGAAAGGGUGAUAAAAUAAUGAGAGAGAUCAACCAACUCCAACAAAAGGGUAUGCAUCUAAUGGAAGAAAAUGAAAAAUUAAGGCAACAGGUGAUGGAGAUAUCUAAUAAUAAUAAUAAUAAUAAUAAUGGAUAUAGAGAGGCAGGAGUAGUAAUAUUUGAACCAGAAAAUGGAUUUAAUAAUAAUAAUAAUGAAGAUGGCCAAUCAUCUGAAUCAGUAACAAAUCCAUGUAACUCAAUUGAUCCUCCUCCUCAAGAUGAUGAUAGUUCUGAUACUUCUCUCAAAUUGGGGCUACCUUACUCAGGCUGAAGAGAUCAAAAGCAAGGUGUGGCUAUUUUUGUAUGUUAUUAGAAGAAGGAGAAAAAAAAAAGUAACUACUAAUUAUUAUAAUUAAUUAAUGUCUGAUUAAUGUAAAAGCUAACCCCAAAAAUUUCAUAUUAUGUAUGUAAUUGGUGUAUUAAUCUCA